CUUCCCUGGCCCGGCGCCGUCUUUCAGGGUGUCUUCUACUUUUCGCUCCUUUCUCCAUAGCUAGCCUCCUCCCCCUUAGCUACUCUCUUGACUCGGUUCUCUUCUUGGUCUUCCAAAGUACUAUUGACCCGGAGCGGCCCAUGUGCGACCUCGGUACAUUUAAAGUUGAAGUUUGCUGCUAAAGAUGGCGGAUCCAGAUGUCCUCACCGAGGUUCCUGCAGCAUUGAAGCGGUUAGCCAAGUAUGUGAUCCGGGGGUUUUAUGGCAUUGAGCAUGCUUUGGCCUUGGACAUCUUGAUCCGAAACCCCUGUGUGAAAGAGGAGGACAUGCUGGAGCUGCUCAAGUUUGAUCGGAAGCAACUUCGAUCAGUCUUGAAUAAUUUAAAGGGAGACAAAUUCAUCAAGUGCAGAAUGAGGGUAGAGACUGCUGCAGAUGGGAAAACCACUCGCCACAACUACUACUUUAUCAAUUAUCGUACUCUUGUUAAUGUGGUAAAAUAUAAAUUGGACCACAUGAGAAGGAGGAUUGAAACUGAUGAGAGAGAUUCCACCAACCGGGCUUCCUUCAAAUGUCCCGUCUGUAGUAGUACUUUUACAGAUUUAGAAGCUAAUCAGCUCUUUGAUCCCAUGACAGGAACUUUCCGCUGUACUUUUUGCCAUACAGAGGUAGAAGAAGAUGAAUCAGCAAUGCCCAAAAAAGAUGCACGCACACUUUUGGCAAGGUUUAAUGAACAAAUUGAGCCCAUUUAUGCUUUGCUUCGAGAGACAGAGGAUGUGAACUUGGCCUAUGAAAUACUUGAGCCAGAACCCACAGAAAUACCAGCCCUGAAACAGAGCAAGGACCGUGCAGCAACUGCUGCUGCAGCUGCUGGCCUGGCAGGUGGGCACCACCGGGAAGCAUGGGCCACCAAGGGUCCCUCUUAUGAGGACUUAUACACUCAGAAUGUUGUCAUUAACAUGGAUGACCAAGAAGAUCUUCAUCGAGCCUCACUGGAGGGGAAAUCUGCCAAAGAGAGACCUAUUUGGUUAAGAGAGAGCACUGUCCAAGGAGCAUAUAGUUCUGAAGAGAUGAAAGAAGGUGGCUUAGAUAUAGACUCGUUUCAGGAGCGUGAGGAAGGCCGUGCGGGGCCAGAUGAUAAUGAGGAGGUCAUGCGAGCACUGCUCAUUCAUGAGAAGAAGACCCCCUCUGCCACAGCAGGCUCAGUAGGGGCGGCUGCUCCUGUGACCACUGCCAAUGGCAGUGACUCUGAGAGUGAGACCAGUGAGUCAGAUGAUGACUCUCCACCCUGUGCUACAGCUGUGGCUGCACAUCAUAGGGAAGAGGAUGAGGAGGAUGAUGAAUUUGAGGAAGUAGCAGAUGACCCCAUUGUCAUGGUGGCUGGCCGUCCGUUCUCCUACAGCGAAGUGAGCCAGAAGCCAGAGCUGGUGGCCCAAAUGACACCAGAUGAAAAGGAAGCAUACAUAGCAAUGGGACAACGCAUGUUUGAGGACCUCUUUGAGUGAGCUUUCCCUACCUUUUCCUCCUUUCUCUAAUGCGCAUUUCAAAAAGAAAUUCCCUACCUUUGAAGAAAAGUGUUCAGUGGCCUUCUGCCUCUCUUGAUGUAAGUCAACUGUUAAUCUUGUGCAAAGAGUAAUGGGAGAGAGAGAAAGUUUGAUUUUUAUGCCAGAAACUUCCCCACGAGGUAGGUUGGCUAUAAGCAUACCCUUUCCUAUUACUACAGUAUUAGUAUUUUGCUGUAUUUCCUUAUCUCAUCUUUUUCCUUUCCCUUUUAAGACACAUUUUUCUCCCUUCUGAAAUGAGUGAGAGAAGUCUAAAGGUAACUUCUUCAUGUCUGCCUGUAGAAGCCCACUUUGAUAGGUUACAGUAAUUCAUUGAUCACAUCCUUUUUAUUUAUUCUGACCAAGCACUCCAAACAACUCCUGAUAUUGCUGCCAACCAAGCAGCUUGGCAACAGGCAAAUCAUUGAUGAAGGAAAAAAAAAAAUCUUAAAGCUUCAUAUUGCUUCACAGUUUAGGAUGAAGUCAGUUUGUAAGGGGAGGUGGGAGUGUGUGUGGAAGAAGGAUGGUUAUGUGUAAAUCUCAUGAUUAAUAUCUAAACCAAAAUUGGUGUCUUUAGAACUGACUUGACUGACAGAUAUUAUUGUUGUGCUUAAUGCCUUUUGGUUUGUAUGUUGGAUAAUAGAAAACAGAAAGUGUGUUUGGUAAGCUCUUAGGAAGAAAUUAGAGAAAAAACACGGACUUAGUAUAAGGAGUCCAUGUAAAUGGUUGAAGAGUGGAGAGCAUUGGGAACUGUACCUUUUAACAUUGUCUGAGUUUGUGCUGAUUUGGAAAUCCUUUAUAUAAAGCUGAGACUGGUCCCCUUCUUUUUCAGUUCUUCCACAGUGCUAUAAAUUGUUUAAAGAGGCCAUUGCAGCAGAAAUCAGCAUAUAACAAUUGAUUACUCCUCUCUCUUUUUUUUUUCUCUCAACAUUAUUGAAGGCCUUGUUUCUUUUGAUUCUUGUCAGGCAUGGUAUUUUAGAGUGCAUCCAGUAUAUCACUGAGCAUUGUAACCUCAAGGAAAAUACUUUAUUUUUGGUUCUGAUAUGUAGCAUGGUAUUAUUCCUUACGGCAGAACUUUAAAGAACUUUCAUACAAG